AUGGCGCGGUUCGGAGAUGAGGUACAGUCCAGGUAUGGCGGAGGGCCCGGCAGUGGGGGCCCGGGCGGCCGCGGUGGUAGCAGGCAAGGAGGACCCCACGGACACGUUCACGGCCACGGGCAUGGCCACGGGCAUGGCCACGGUCCACCCGGAGGGCCCGGGACCCAGAGAAUGUACAAGCAGUCUAUGGCGCAGAGAGCCCGGACUAUGGCCCUCUAUAACCCCAUUCCCGUGCGCCAGAACUGUUUCACUGUCAACCGCUCGCUGUUCAUUUUCAGUGAGGAUAACUUCGUCAGAAAAUACGCCAAAAAGAUCACCGAAUGGCCUCCAUUUGAGUGGAUGAUUCUAGCCACCAUCAUUGCCAACUGCAUCGUCUUGGCUCUGGAACAACAUUUGCCUGAUGGGGACAAGACGCCACUCUCUGAGCGCCUGGAUGAUACAGAGCCGUACUUCAUUGGGAUCUUCUGUUUUGAGUCUGGAAUAAAGAUCCUGGCACUUGGGUUCGCCUUCCACAAAAACUCCUACCUGAGGAAUGGAUGGAACGUCAUGGACUUUGUGGUGGUCCUCACUGGGAUCCUGUCCACUGUGGGUUCAGAUUUCGACCUGCGGACCCUCAGGGCUGUGCGAGUAUUAAGACCCCUCAAACUGGUGUCCGGUAUUCCUAGCUUACAGGUGGUGCUCAAAUCCAUCAUGAAGGCCAUGAUUCCUCUGCUGCAAAUUGGCCUGCUUCUUUUCUUUGCCAUCCUCAUGUUCGCCAUCAUCGGCCUGGAGUUCUACAUGGGCAAAUUCCACAAAACCUGCUUUGACAAUCACACAGGUGAGAUGCGAGAAGAGUUUCCAUGUGGGACAGAGCCUCCGUCACGGCUGUGUCCAGAGGGCACCAUGUGUAGACCGUACUGGCUGGGACCAAACUAUGGCAUCACCCAGUUUGACAACAUCCUGUUUGCUAUCCUCACCGUCUUCCAGUGUAUCACCAUGGAGGGCUGGACUGACCUGCUCUACUAUAGCAACGAUGCCUCAGGGAGUGCAUGGAACUGGAUGUACUUCAUCCCCCUCAUCAUCAUCGGCUCCUUCUUCAUGCUCAACCUGGUGCUGGGUGUGUUGUCAGGGGAGUUUGCCAAAGAGAGAGAGCGUGUGGAGAACAGGAGUGAGUUCAUGAAGCUCCGAAGACAGCAGCAGAUUGAAAGGGAACUCAACGGUUAUCUGGAGUGGAUCUGCAAAGCUGAAGAGGUCAUCUUGGCGGAUGAUGACAAUGAUACAGGCUCCCGUAGAAGAGCCACAAAAAACCAUAAGAGCAAAGCUGAGCUGCUAAACCCAGAGGAAGGGGACGGAGAUCUGGCAGUAGGUUCACCGUUUGCCCGUGCCAGCUUGAAGAGCUCAAAGCUCGAAGGAUCAGAUUUCAAGCGGCGGGAGCGACGGCUACGCUUCCUUAUCCGACACGUUGUUAAGUCCCAGGCCUUCUACUGGACCGUACUGUGUUUGGUGGGCCUUAACACUAUGUGUGUGGCUGUAGUGCACUAUGACCAGCCAGACCCACUGUCGGAUUUUCUAUAUUUUGCUGAAUUAAUCUUCCUGGGGAUAUUCUUGACGGAGAUGUGUGUGAAGAUGUAUGGCCUGGGCAAGCAGGCCUACCUCAACUCCUCCUUCAACUGCUUCGACUGCAUUGUGAUAUGUGGUAGUAUAUUUGAAGUGCUGUGGUCCAUCAUCCAGCCGGGCACGUCGUUUGGCAUCAGUGUGCUACGAGCUCUCAGGUUAUUGAGGAUUUUCAAAGUCACCAAGUACUGGGCAUCUUUGCGUAACCUAGUCGUCUCUCUGCUCAACUCCAUGAAGUCCAUCAUCAGCUUGCUCUUCCUGCUUUUCCUCUUCAUAGUAGUCUUUGCUCUGCUGGGCAUGCAGCUCUUCGGAGGACAGUUUAAUUUUGAAAAUGGCACUCCACCGACCAACUUCGAUACCUUCCCCGCAGCAAUAAUGACAGUGUUCCAGAUCCUGACUGGCGAGGACUGGAACAUGGUGAUGUACGAUGGCAUCAAGUCUCAGGGCGGAGUCAACAAGGGCAUGGCCUUCUCUGUCUUCUUCAUUGUGCUCACACUUUUUGGCAACUACACUCUGCUGAAUGUGUUCUUGGCUAUCGCGGUGGACAAUUUAGCCAACGCACAGGAACUGACCAAGGAUGAACAAGAGGAAGAGGAGGCUGCCAGUCAGAAGAUUGCCCUGCAGAAAGCCAAGGAGGUGGCUGAAGUCAGCCCACUGUCUGCCGCUAACCUCUCCAUUGCAGCUAAGGAGCAGCAGAAGAACAACAACAAGGGGAUCAACAAGUCAGUGUGGGAACAACGUACCAAGGAGCUGAGGAGGCAGACUCUGGUGUCCAGCCGCGAGGCCCUCUAUAACGAGCUGGACCCUGACGAACGCUGGAAGGUGAACUUCUCACGUCACAUCCGUCCGGACAUGAAGACCCACCUGGAUCGACCGUUGGUGGUCGACCCCCACGAGAACCGCAACAACAACACCAACAAGACCACUGCAAACAGUUCAGACCUCUGCUUCAGCCAGCACCAUCCUGCUGAUGAGCUCCACAGACAAACACGCCUCCACGAACACGGUGGCCAAGUAGGUGGGGGUGGCGGAGGCGGCUCAGGUCCAGUCAGGGCUCCCUUGGAGAGGGGUGAGUCCACAGAGAGUAGGCGGAGUCGUAAAAGCGAGCACCACCACCCCAGCUCUCAUGUCCGAUUGGAUGCUACAGUGAUUCCUGGGCCAGGCUCGGAGGAGAGGCCUUCCAGGCGCCACCAUCACACCCGGAGUGGCAGUCGAGGGGGAGGGCAGUCAGAACACAGGAAGCCCAGGUCACAUCGAAAAAGUGCCGAAGAUGGCGAGGAUGGCGGGGGAGGAGCUGGAAAAACAGGGAGACAUAAGAACAAAGGGGUUGACAGAGGUGGAGAAGGAGGAGAGCAGGAGGGAGCUGGGGAUGGCAGUGAGAGGAGGCCAAGAAGAAAUCGCCAUGGCAACCAAACGGACGGCGAGGGGAAGAGGAUGUGCCAGCACAGAAGGAAGGAUUGCAGUGUGCCUAACCUCUCUACCACACGGCCCAUUCAAAAGAGCCUCUCCAGGCAGGACAGCCAGUACAGUGAGGAUAUGGACAACCUCAUGAAUACCAAACUGGUCUCUGGCUCUACCCCAACCAGCGAGGUUCACCCUAAUCCAGUUGCCAACCACACUGUGGCCCCUGGCUUUGGAUCUGCCCUCCAUCUUGCCAACAGUGGCACUCAUGGGAGUUUAGUAACGUUAGAUAGCUAUGGGAGCAUCGCCCAUCACCGUACCAACAGUGUCAUUAGGCUGCCCCACCCUGACUAUACAGCUGUAGACAUGCCAAUUUUUCCAUCCACCAAUGCCAUACUGCAGGUCAAUAAAAAUGCCAACACAGAGCCUCUGCCAGCAAAGGAGGAUAAGGACGAUGAUGAUGAUGAGAAGAGAAGGGAAGGAGGACCCAGGCCCAUGCCUCCCUACAGCUCCAUGUUUAUCCUGUCCACCACCAACCCGUUUCGGCGGGCGUGUCACUACAUCUGCACCCUGAGUUAUUUUGAGAUGACUAUCCUGCUGGUCAUUGCCAUGAGCAGUAUUGCCCUGGCUGCUGAAGACCCUGUCUGGCCCGAAUCCCCUCGCAACAAUGUCCUACGCUAUUUCGACUAUGUCUUCACAGGAGUAUUCACAUUUGAGAUGCUGAUAAAGAUGGUGGAUCUGGGCCUGGUCUUGCACCAGGGCUCUUAUUUCCGGGACUUGUGGAACAUCCUUGACUUUAUAGUGGUUAGUGGUGCUCUGGUGGCCUUCGCCUUCACGGGGAGCAGUAAAGGAAAAGACAUCAGCACUAUCAAGUCUCUUAGGGUGCUGAGAGUGUUACGACCUCUGAAGACUAUUAAACGUCUUCCCAAACUCAAGGCUGUGUUUGACUGUGUGGUGAACUCUCUGAAGAAUGUGCUCAACAUCCUGAUUGUCUACUUACUCUUCAUGUUCAUCUUUGCUGUGGUGGCUGUGCAGCUCUUCAAGGGACGCUUCUUUUACUGCACUGAUGAAUCCAAAGAGUUUGAGCGCGACUGCAGGGGCGAAUAUCUGGUGUAUGAACGUGAUAACGAAGUGAAGGCGCAGAAGCGGGAGUGGAAGAAGUACGAUUUCCACUACGACAACGUGGCUUGGGCCCUACUCACCCUCUUCACUGUGUCUACCGGAGAGGGGUGGCCGCAGGUGCUGAAGCAUUCAGUGGAUGCGACUUAUGAGAACCAGGGCCCGAGCCCGGGGUACCGGAUGGAAAUGUCCAUCUUUUACGUGGUGUACUUCGUGGUCUUCCCCUUCUUCUUCGUCAACAUCUUCGUGGCUCUCAUCAUCAUCACCUUCCAAGAGCAAGGAGACAAGAUGAUGGAGGACUAUAGUUUAGAAAAGAACGAGAGAGCCUGUAUAGACUUUGCCAUCAACGCCAGACCUCUGACACGCCACAUGCCUAAGAACAAGCUGAGCUUUCAAUACCGAAUGUGGGAGUUUGUGGUGUCGCCGCCAUUUGAGUAUACUAUCAUGGCAAUGAUCGCGCUCAACACAAUCGUACUGAUGAUGAAGUAUGACGGAGCUUCUCAAACCUAUGAAGCUGUGUUAGUCAACCUGAACAUAGUGUUUACCUCCCUCUUCUCCAUGGAGUGUGUACUCAAGAUCAUCGCCUUUGGAGUACUGAAUUAUUUCAAAGAUGCCUGGAAUAUUUUUGACUGUGUGACAGUUCUGGGCAGCAUUACUGACAUCCUGGUUACAGAGCUUGGGAAUAAUUUCAUCAACCUAAGUUUCCUGAGGCUGUUCAGGGCAGCUCGUCUCAUCAAGCUGCUGAGGCAGGGAGAAACCAUCCGCAUCUUGCUCUGGACCUUCGUUCAGUCCUUCAAGGCACUGCCUUAUGUCUGCCUUCUUAUUGCCAUGCUGUUCUUCAUUUACGCCAUCAUUGGGAUGCAGCUGUUUGGGAAUAUCGCUAUUGAAGAAGAAGGAGAGAGCGCCAUCAACCAGCACAACAACUUCAGGACCUUCGUACAGGCUCUCAUGCUGCUCUUCAGGAGUGCAACGGGAGAGGCGUGGCACGAGAUCAUGCUGUCGUGUUUGGGGACCAAGGAGUGUGACCCCCUGGCAGGGAAUCCAGAACCAGAGUGUGGCAGCCAGUUUGCUUACCUGUACUUUGUCUCCUUCAUCUUCUUCUGUUCAUUCUUGAUGCUGAAUCUGUUUGUAGCCGUCAUCAUGGACAACUUUGAGUACCUGACGAGAGAUUCAUCCAUACUGGGACCUCACCACCUGGAUGAGUAUGUCAGGAUAUGGGCCGAGUAUGAUCCUGCUGCCUGCGGUCGCAUUCAUUAUAAGGACAUGUACAGUUUAUUACGAGUUAUCGACCCGCCUCUCGGCUUAGGCAAGAAAUGCCCCCAUAGGGUGGCCUGCAAGAGACUGCUCCGUAUGGACCUGCCUGUGGCUGAUGACAACACGGUCCACUUCAACUCCACUCUCAUGGCCUUGAUCCGCACAGCACUGGACAUCAAGAUCGCCAAGGGUACGGAAGGUGGUGUUGACAAGCACCAGAUGGACGCAGAGCUGAGGAAAGAGAUGAUGGCAAUCUGGCCCAACCUCUCCCAAAAGACUCUGGAUUUGCUGGUUACGCCACACAAGUCAGCCACAGACCUGACAGUGGGGAAAAUCUAUGCUGCUAUGAUGAUCAUGGAGUACUACCGGCAGAGCAAGAUCAAGCGCUCGCAGGCUCUUCGGGAUGAGCAGAAUCGAACGCCAUUACUGUUUCAGCGCGUGGAGCCACCUUCCCCCACCCAGGAUGGGGGUCCGGGACUUAACAACGCCCUCCCUCCACCUGAGACAACAGAGACUGUCAACGGCCUGCCGGUGGAGGGGGGGGUCCCGGAGAGCCAUUCAUGGGUGACUGCUCGUGCUCAGGAGAUGUCCCAGAAAGUCGGCAGCUGGAGCCCUGAGGGAUACCCUGAGGAUGGCCUGGGAAGCAUGACCAACUCUCAGACGGUAGAGAUGACAGAGAUGGGGCAGGAUGGUUACUCGGAUAUUGAGCACUUUCCGCCAAUGGAAGGCCAUGGAAGGGCCGCUUCCAUGCCCCGCCUCCCAGGCGACAACCAAACCAUCAGUGACAGCAGUCCAAUGAAACGCUCGGCCUCGUCGCUGGGCCACAGCAGGUCUGGGCGGGGCCACAGAGACAAAGGAGGGGCAGACGACUACAACAUGGAGUGUGUACCUGAAGAGGGGAGGACUUCCAGACAUGGACACCGGCGAAAGGAUCGGAGUCAUCGGGCGUCUGAGAGGUCCCUCUGUCGCUACACGGAGGCUGACACAGGCCUGGGCACAGACCUGAGCACAACCACCCAGUCAGGGGACCUCACGGCCAAAGACAAGGAUCGUGACAGAGAUCGCGGCCGGUCCAAAGACCGUAAGCACCACCACCAUCAUCACCACCACCAUGGCUCUGUGGACAAAGAGCGCUAUGUAGCAGAGCGAGGGGGCGAGUUCGGACACAGGCACUCCCGCGACAGAGAGCAUGACCGGGAGAGGGAGAGAGAAAGGGACCGGCGCUGGUCACGAUCGCCCAGCGAGGGCCGCGAGGGCCGCGAGGGCCGCGAGUGCAUGACGCACAGACAGGGCAGUAGUUCGGUCAGCGGAAGUCCCGUCCCCUCAACCUCGGGGACCAGUACGCCACGCCGAGGCCGUCGACAGUUGCCUCAGACCCCCGCAACCCCCCGGCCCCAUGUUACCUACUCCCCUGUGGUCCGUAAGGCCAUGCCCACGCCACCUGGGGGCCCACAGGGCCGACCCCCAGCCCCUGCCCCCCGUCGCUUUUCUCCUGAGCCUCCCCAGGGCCAGGGCCCUCCCCCCUCUGGCCUACCACUAGCCCACCAUGGCACAACCCGCCAGGGUCAUCAUCCCCCUCCUCGCUGGGGAGACUCAGGUGGAGGAGGUGGCUCCGUGGAAGGGGAUGGCUGCUUCUACAACCAGGACUACCAAGACUAUGAGCCCCACCACGAACCACCUGCCUAUGAGCAGAGCCCCAUGCAGGGUAGCAGCCCCCACCCCCAUGCCCUGGCCAACCACCCAUUGCCGCCUCCCCCACAGCCACAGCCACAGCCACAUAACCCGCACCCCCCUCCGCAGCCACACCCUGUAAACAAUCCCCACCCUCAUCCACCGCCACACCCACAGCCCAGUCGCACCUCACCUAGGACUGCCGGCCAUGCGCCCCCUCCCACCACCGUCCUGACUGGGCCUGUACAGGGCCAGAUGCAGCCUGCUGCCCAGCGCCGCCUACCCAAUGGCUACCGCUCUUCAUCCCCUUCCACACAUCUCCAUGGACCCCAACAUACUGGGCCCCACAAGGUCCCCCCUCCAGCCGGGCAUCCUAGAGGUCCCCGCAAGGGCCUGCAUGAACCCUACAGCAAGACGGAGGACGACGACUGGUGCUAGCCUCUGGGGAUGGGGGAGGGGCGUAAGGAGGAAAAAAGAAUCGAUAGAUGGACCGAAAGACGGGAAACUCUAAAGCCAGUGCUCUGACUGCCAGGGGAAACCAUGAUUCUUUCUUACUUGCCUGUUCAAUUUUGUUUUCUCUCUCCUCUACUGCUUGGCAUGUCCCAGUGAUGCAAGGUCUAGAUGAAGGGGUAGGUGUCAGGAUGGAGGGGUGGAACAAGAAUGCUGAGGCAGGAUCUGGAGCAACAAGUGGUGUAAGGGGAAACCAUGCACCUCCACGUUCUGCUUGCAUUAUUGUUGCAUUCAUAUCUUGAUGCCAAAUAAGACCAACCUCAAACUGCAGUUUUUAAGGAUGCAAGCAGGAGGGGGUAAUGGACACUAGUUUUUGUGUGUCUUAAAUUAUGCCUCUGGCAACGAGCUACAGCCACUUACAAGAUGUCAACAGUCGCGAAUCGACAAAAGACACUUACAGUCAGAGACAAAAGAACGACCACUGUUUAGUUUUUGCCUAUCAAAGCUACCUUCAGUUAAGUUCAGAAUCCAACCCAACCCUCCCAGCCACCAGUUGAAUAUUGAUGAGUUUUAUCAUCUGUGUUUUUAAAUAAGAACAAAACUGACAAUGAGCCCUCCACCUGUAUGAGGUGAGGAGGCUAAGUGGGUGGGAGGGUUGGGGAGUGCUGCAUGGUGGGUCGACGAGUCCCUUGGUCAAAAUCUAGAGGACAGGAUGGGCGCGUUGGUGAUGUUUACCGUUGUCCCUGGAGAAACUCCCUCAUCGCAGAAUCAAACUGUUUAACUAACCUCAACCCAUGACCUACGAGAGAAGAAAAGGAAAAACGUGGAGAUGGGUUUCAGAAACAAAAAAAAACACACAAAAAAACAAACCAAUAACUGUUUUCUGCAGUAUUUCUUCUUCUAUUCCUGCUUCUUCUUCCUCCUUCUCUUCUACUUCUUCAAAACAUUGAAGCUUGAAUCUUCUGUUGCACCCCACACAGCUUCGUUUUUUAGACUUGCGGAGUUGUACACCCUGUGGAAUCCUGCAUGAAUGAUACAAAAAAUAAUAAUAAUAGCAACAAUGAGAAUCUACUGUAUGUGGGGGGAAAUUUUACUUGGUCCUUUCUGUUGUGGUCUGCAGAGCUUCUCUCUUUUUUUUUUAGUACAAAUGCCUUUCUGUUUCUCUCUCUCCUCUGUAUGACAUUCUUCUAUCGGUACCUUCAUUACACUAAAAUCAAGUGAUAGAAGGCUAUGGGGAGAGCACUGUAUGUAUAUCUUAGAAGGAACGAAAUGAUUACUUUUUGCUUGCUUGUCUGUAUGUUCUGUGCCAGAUGCCUGCCACUGACACAACUGGAAUUGCACAUAAUUUUUUUGUGGAAGUAACUUUUUGUAACUAAGGUGAUAAAGCGAUAUGCUGGGAAGCAGGGUAAAGUGGAUAAAAGAUGUGACGUCCAUAUUGGUGAAACAAGUCAGACAAAUCCGUAACAUCUCAAAGUCUUCCAGGGUUUGGGGUUAAAACAGAGACAUCCGAGGGAAAGAGACCAAUAGAAAGGCGGAGAAAGGAGAGAGACUCUUCAUCUUUGUUUUUGUUUUAAUUGUUAUUGACUGUAAUGAUGGAUAAACAGAUAUCAUAAUAUAAACUAUUAAUGAUCAUGAUGGUCGUGAUAAUGAGACAGAUUCUGCAUAUUUGGUCUCUAUAUUCUGUUCUGUAUGUUCGUUUAGUUUUGAGCUCAGCUAAUCAUUUUUCCAACCCUGAGGUGGAGCUCUAACCCACAGUUGCAUUGUGGGAGAAUGAGUCUGCAGUAGGGCAAACAUGAGACAGAGAUUACCCAAAGCAGUCAAUUAGGUCUGUCUUUUUUUUUUUUUCACUCUUUUUCAAAGACUAUAUAGAGUUUAGACAGUGGGUGAAUUUGAUUGUGAGCCCCAUUUUAAAAAUGUGUCAAGCGCAGCAGUUCCCGACCAGGUUUCUUCAUUGAAAUGGGUGACUCUCCUCACCUGCAGAUGCUUAAGCAGAGUUCCACCACCGCUUGUGACCAUCCGGUGGCGCUGUAUGACAAAUGGUGUCCCUCUAGUUUUUGUACCUCUCGUUUUACUUCACUUCUGAUUCAGAGUUCUACAGUGUCAGCGCACCAAGAAUACAGUUUAGCUCAUUCUCUCACUUGUAGACCGUCUCGUGUGUGUUCGCCACGUGUAAACACAGGCGAAAAGAAUUGCACAGUUCAGAUGGGUUGGAGAAAAGAUGUCUGGGCCUCGUCAAGGUCCUGGAAAACAUCUAAGUUCUGUGUGUAUCACUCCUGUAUAUCUUUUAUUUAUUUCUGUGUGUUUCUCUGUGUGCCUCAAACUAACACUUGUCACUAAUGCACACCACUGUCAGCCCCAACAUAAUUAUUAUUUUUAUUUAUUUAACCUAUACAUUUUUUUUAACCUGGAGGCCUAUCACAUGUUGACCAGAGAAUGCACUGAAAAAAAAGAAAAAGAAAAAAAACUGCCUAUUAGUGUCUUUCCAACCUCAGUGGAAUGUCACAGACAAGUAUUUUUUCACAUCACUACAUGUAAAUCAGAAAGCACACUAUGUAUGUAGCUCCUGGUUGCGGUGUGUGUGUGUGUGUGUGUGUGUGUGUGUGUGUGUGUAAGUGGUUUUUUUUGCGCGUGUGUAUGUACAUGGGUGAGUGUGUUUCAGAUCAAUUUUUGGUGUUUUUGGUUUCUGUGCUUGCUUUGCUUUCUAUUCUUUUGUCUCCAGAAAUCCUUUUGAAAUUUUAAAAUCAUUGUAACAAUCUUCGUGUGUGUGUGUGUGUGUGUGUG